AUGUUGACACAAAAAAAAAGUUUUGGACGACUAAGUGCCGUCAUCAAUCCAUUGGAUUACAUCAUCAAUCCAUUGGAUAACCCUUGGUUUGAUCUCUCUGAGGUGAGUAUCGAGUCGUGUUAUGGAUCCCAAACAUUGCCGCGUAGCUUGCGUAGUAGGCAUUGGAAUCUCAAAACAUUGAAACUUAAAAAACUAAGUUUCGUGGAUACUGAUGCUUAUAUGUGGUUUGAAUCACUCAAAACACUGCAUCUUCUCUCUGUGAGGUUCUCUGACGACAAAUCUGUUCAGAGGCUUUUAAGUGUUUGUCCGAAACUUGAAGAUUUAGUUGUGAAACGAACAACAUAUGUCAAUGUGAGAAUAUUCAGUAUCAAUGUGCCUAGUUUGAGGAGUUUAUCUAUCGAUUAUUCGUGGGCGGUAUCUCGACCCGCGGAUGUACAUGGAUUUGUGAUAGAUGCUCCUUCUUUGAGGUUCAUGAACAUUAAAGAUCACUUCAGUAACUUAUUACAGUUCGAAAAUAUGCCUAAGCUAGUCAAGGCGAAUGUUGAGGUUGAUUGUGAUCUAUCUGAGAAGUUUAUUGGAUCUAUUACCUCAAUCCAACAUAUCUCUUUAUGUUCUAAAAAUUCAAAGAUUCCUUAUCCUAGUGGCACUUCCUUCUUCUAUCUUGAACAUCUUGAGCUAUGUACAUGUUCUCAAGAUUGGUGGAAUUUACUUAACCGUAUACUCGAAGACGCUCCAAGACUUCAAGUUCUCAAGCUCAAAUUGGGAAACUGUGUUCAAUGUAGUACUGAGCUGAUGGAUUACUGGAACGAACCGUGCUCUGUUCCCAAAUGUUUAUCGUCUCAUCUAGAGAUAUUCGAGUGGAGACAUUACAAGGGGACAAAGCAAGAAAGAAAAGUGGCAAAGUACAUACUAGCAAAAGCGAGUUGUCUAAAGGUGGCAAUAUUCUCUUCAGUAUGUAUAGAGAAGAAUCUGAUUUUCAAGAAGUUAGAAAAUGUGGACAGAGGUUCAAAAGCAUGUGAGCUUGUGUUUCAAUAACAUGUUUUCUUUUUUGCUAUCUUCAACAACAUUUUUCAUUGUUAACAUCUUCUGAAACAAUGAUUUGACUAUAUAUAUUAAGUUUUCGAUAUGUCUUUAC